UUUAAAUGUGUCCGUUGUGCCUCUGAGUUUUAAUGUUUGUUUUUCGGAGGCGGGUAACGUUAAUUAUUGCUUAGGGUUUGGUGUAGUAUUGUGUGAAGGACGGGAUAUAAAAUUGCUGAGGGUGAGAGCAGAACGUUUAAUCGGCUUCAGCUCCUCCAUUGCGCUGAGCUGCUUUUCCCAUCAUGGCGAGUCUUUCAGCACCGAGAACGGCGUUUAUCCAGGGCCAAGGAGACGAUACAACUUCUAAUGAUGUGGCUUACAGUGUUUGUAGUUUCAAGGCUGCAGACACAAUGAUUCAGCUGUGUGAAAGUCCCAAACCCAAACCUGAUCCGAAAAGGUUGUCAUUUGGAUCUGAAUUCACAGAUCACAUGUUGCUCAUUGAGUGGAGCAGUGAGGGAGGCUGGGAAAAGCCUCGCAUUCAGCCAUUUGGUAACCUGAGCCUCCACCCUGCCUGCUCUGCUUUGCACUAUGCUGUGCAGCUGUUUGAAGGCAUGAAGGCAUACAGGGGGAAGGAUAACAAAGUGCGUCUUUUCAGGCCUUUGCUGAACAUGAAGCGCAUGUUGAAGUCCGCUCAUAGAGCCUGUCUACCACUUUUUGAUGGUGCUGAGUUCUUGGAGUGCAUCAGGAAACUGGUUGAAGUGGAUCAGGACUGGGUCCCUCAGUCAGACUCUGCUAGCCUGUAUAUCCGGCCCACAUUCAUCGGGACUGAGCCCUCACUAGGUGUGAAGAAGUCUUCCCGUGCCUUGCUGUUUGCGAUUCUCAGUCCGGUUGGCUCCUAUUUCAGCACAGGAGGCAAAUCUGUGUCUCUGUGGGCUGACUGCAAAUACAUCAGGGCCUGGAAGGGCGGAACGGGAGACUGCAAAAUGGGAGGGAACUAUGGAGCUUCUAUCUGUGCUCAGUAUGAGGCGAUGGACUACGGCUGUCAGCAAGUGCUCUGGCUGUAUGGGGAUGAUCAUCAGAUCACGGAAGUUGGAACAAUGAAUGUUUUUCUCUACUGGAUGAAUGAAAAUGGAGAGGAAGAACUUGCUACACCUCCUCUUGAUGGGAUUAUAUUACCAGGCAUUACAAGGCAGAGCAUUUUGGAACUUACACGCAAAUGGGGGGAGUUUAAAGUCUCAGAGCGGUACCUGACCAUGGCUGAUCUGCGUCUGGCUCUGGAGGAGAACCGCGUGAAGGAGAUGUUUGGCUCUGGUACAGCAUGUGUGGUCAGUCCAGUCGGGAGAAUUCUGUACCAGGAUGAGAAUCUUCAAAUUCCCUGUGAAGGUAACUGCUCUUCACUCGUCUCAAGACUGCAAAAGGAACUCACAGACAUUCAGUAUGGGCGGACAGACAGUGACUGGGCCUUCUUUGUGUAGAUGGGCAUUGAUGUCAGGACACAAUCCAAACUCCAAAUAAACACACACACUGGCCCUUUUCUUUAUCAAAGUCUGUUUUAAACAAGGGCAGAUUUGAGUGCCCAGAAUGACAUAAACACUACUACAUGUCUGAUUCAUCAUUGUGCUAGAAUCAGCUUCAUGUGCGUGUAACUCAUUUGGCCUUUGUUAACAUCAGUGGCAUUCGACAAACCACAACAGACCCUUAAUUACAUAAAUUACUCUCUAACAUUUACAUUUAUUGCAUUUAGACACUUUAAUUUUUUUUUGUUCUCAUUUACCCUAAAUUGUCUCCUUGGUGUAAUUGAAUUAUCGAGUGAGUGUCUUUGUUCUUGGAAUGGGACCACAACCAUACUGAACUCACUCACUCACUCACUAUCUUAACCACUUAUCCAAUUAGGGUCUUGGGGGUUGGCUAUCACAGCUUUUUAAUGGGCGCAAGGCACACAGUAACACCCUGGACGAGGCACCAGUCCAUCACAGGGCAGAAACACAUACACACACACAUACACCUAUAGGGCAAUUCAGUGUCCCCAAUUAACCUGACUGCAUGUUUUUGGACUGUGGAGGAAACCGAAGUUCCCGGAGGAAACCCACACAGACACGGGGAGAACAUGCAAACUGCACAGAAAGGACCCGGACCGCCCCGGCUGGGGAUCGAACCCAGGACCUUCUUGCUGUGAUCCCCUAGCCACUGAGCUACCACUGCCCUACAGUAUAAUUAAUAUGAAGGUCUUUACAUUUACAAGAAUUAUCAGAAGCUAAACAACUUACAAUUGUGACCCAAUACAACCCAAGCAAAAGUGUUAAGGGUCUUACUCAAGUGUCAACUUGGUAGGGUGGGGUUUAAACCAGUUCAAGUUUAAAUUCCAGUUUGAACCAUUAUUAUUAUUUACACUAAAUUGCCUGCUAGUUGUAAGUGAAUCAUUAAAUGACUGUUAGUCCUGUGAUGGAUGGGUAACCGGAUCAGGGUGUAUUUCCACCACCACCUAACACCACCGUGGCAUGUUCUUCCUCAGACAAAGCCGGUUAUGUCUGUAGGUGCCUGACCAGCCGAUAACAGAGCAGUUACAUUUUUAAUUAAUCUGUUAUGACCGCAUAAGCAUAGAACAGUGGGGGUAAAGAAUGACAAAAUGCAAAGAAACUUUUCCACCUUAUUUACUGUUAUUACACUUGCAGCACAUAAGCCAAAAUACAUUUUUUGAAAUUGACCAAAUCUGCCUAUUUCAAUGUUGAGAUUUGGUUUAUUAUUCAUGUUAUUUGAUGUUGAUGUAAGUGUUUUUGUGGAUAAUAAUAGAAAAUAUUUUAAUGGAACUCUGGGUAAAUCUGGGUUAUUUCUAGGACUAGAAUUAACUAUUGUUGAUGUACAGAUAUGCCACUAAAGAAAUUAAGGACUGAUAAAACUAUUGCUGAAAUUCACAUACACACUGCUGAUAAUCAGAUUUGAUGAUAUGCAGCUUUGAUGAUUAAGGGCCACUGAGUACAUUAUGUGUGUUGAACAGAAAGCUAAAUGCACAAACACCAUCUUCGUUGUACUAUCUCAGUAAAUGCUUAGUAGAUCCAAGUAAUUGUACUGUGUUAGCAAUAAUCCUUUUCCUUCUCUUGUAGUUGCAGUAAUGUGUGAUCUGUGAUCUAUGUCACAUAUGGACCCACUUGGAUACCUCAAUGUUUAAGUCUGUUCAGUUGUAUUAAACGCACAAUGACUUAAUCCUGUAGCAUAAAUUAGUGCACAGUGUGUUAAACCAGCACACACACAGAAUUAAACAGACUUUCAUGAUUAGUUUUGUAAUGAUCAAUGCUAUGUUUUUAAAUUCAGCCUAUAAAACAAAAUAUUUUUCUGUACUUAAAUAUUGUGUUAAUAAUAUGCACAUAUUUAUUAUAAUUUCUAUUGUAUUUUAUAUUGUUCCUAAAUGAAUUAUAUCACGCCACAGAUGUGUUGACUUUUUUGCAUGAUGGUAUGUGAGUCAUUCCAUUUGAAGUGUGCCAUAUGAUUCUGCAAUACACAGACAGGUGACAAAUUAUGUGCCGCUUCAGUGCACCCUGGCAUAGAUUUGUCAAGUCUCUGGAACUGUACAGAAGUGAUUGAACACCAUUCUUUUAACAGAUAUUCCCUCAACUGGUUUUUUAGAUAAUAGUGGUGAAGGGCACUGUCUAACAGGUCCAGAAUCAGUGGGUCAGGUCAGUUACUGAUGUUGCUUGUAAGGACUUGGCUCACAAUUCAUCCCAUAGGCGUUCACUUGGGUUGAGGUACACCCACACCAAAUGUGUUACACUAUACAGCGAAAGUAUGUGGACACCCCUCCUGAUAAAAAAAUAAAAAAGAAAGAAAGAAAGAAAAUUAAAUGUGCACAUGUGUAUACACCAAGGUCUAAGACAUAGUUUAUGUUGUUGGCAAUGAUCUGUUCUUGCUGUUCUGAUCACAUCCUGCAUUUUUGCUUUUUACAUACCACACGAAUACACAAGCAGCAUAGUUAUUAAAUUUGUGCCUUUAACGAUUUCUAAUCCUGUUUACUCAUCUAUUUUUCUUAAAUUUAAUAGUUACUUAUGCUUCAGUUGAAAACCUAGCUAAAUAAGUGACUGAAGCUCCUGCCAUCCAUGCUCCAAUAGUUAAUUGCUGAAUUGUAUCAUGAAGAACACCUGGCUGGAAGCAUUUGCUAUUUUUAUGAUUCUUAUUUAUUUUAUUUCUUCAUAUAAUCUGUAGACUGUGGAACAGGUGUUUAGAUUCAAUUAUACAAAUAUUAAUUGUAUACUUUAACCUGUCUGGCAACAGUUUGGUAAAGGCCCUUUUUUGGUUUAGCAUGACUUUACCCCUGUACACAAAGCAUGUACCAUAAAGACAUGGUUUGCAGAGUUUGGUGUGGAGCAACUCCAUAUUAAAAACACUAACCAGAUCAAUUUAGUUGAUGCUAAAAUGGCACACUACUGAUGAAAUGACUUGUUUCGGUUUGGAGUCGAAGGGGUCAUGUGCAAACACCAUUUCCAGAAAAGUUGGGACAUUUUGUAAAAUGUAAUUAAAAGAAGAAUCUGUGGUUUGUUAAUUAGUGAAAACAAUAGAAAUAUUUUCUUUCUACUUUUAUCAGUAAAAUAAGCAUUCAAGAGAAUUAACAAAUCACAGAUUCUUAUUUCUAUUGCAAUUUACAAAAUGUCCAAACUUUUAUGUAAAUGGUGUUUGUACAAAUACUGUAGAUGCUCUCCCGAGGGCACAGAAAACAGGCUGUAUAUAGUCAUUAUGGGGCAUCAGAUAACAAUUAUGCAUAAACACUGUUUUACUCAUAAUUACAGAGGAAGCUCAGUGCAAUAAAAGCUCCAAAGGGAACAUUAUAAAAAAAGAGCUUUAUAAUGUGUGUUCACAGCACUAAUGUUAUAGAUUUUAAAUCUGCAUCGCCUUGAUGAACAAUUUAGUGAUUAGAAAGCAAAGCACAAAUAGUUUUAGUACGUUAUAUGUUUGGUAAGACUUUAUUUUAAGGAACAUAGAUUAGAGGCUUAUUAAAGUCUUGUUCUUUGCUCAAUAAAGCAUGAAAUUGACAUUUAUAAAUGAUUUAUUCACUAUGCAUUUGCAUUCCCUAAAAUAAAGUGUUACACAGUAGAUGUAUUUGAUGUUGAUGAUCUGAUGGUAAUGUAAUAAAUGUGCUAAUAAAUUGUU